UUGUUCGUCCGAGAAGGGGGAAGGAAAGAGUCUCGUGUUGCGCCUCGUUCUCUCUGACGUUUCCUUCUCCGUUUCCCAAAUUUUGAAGUAAAACCCACACACGCUUUUCCUCCCUCACUUUAAAACCCUUCUUCCACGAUCCACAAAUAUUCAACUCCUUCUCUCUCUCUCUCUCUCUCUCUCUCUGUUUUCCGAGUUGUUAAUUUGUUUCCUUCAUUGAUUGUUCUGAUGACGGGGCAGCAAUCGCUGAUAUACAGCUUCGUGGCGCGGGGCACGGUGAUUCUGGCGGAGCACACCGACUUCAAUGGAAACUUCGCGGAGGUCGCUUUGGACUGUCUUCGCAGGCUCCCUGCUUCCAAUUCCAAAUUCACCUAUAACGCCGAUGCUCAUACCUUCAACUACCUCAACGAUAAUGGAUUCACUUACUGUGUUGUGGCAGUGGAAUCCGUUGGUCGCCAACUUGCAAUGGCAUUUCUUGAACGCAUCAAGGAUGACUUUAGCAAGAGAUAUGGUGGAGGAAAAGCUGCAACAGCCACUUCUAAAAGCUUAAACAAAGAAUUCGGACCCAAGUUGAAGGAACAUAUGCAGUACUGCGUGGAACACCCAGAAGAGGUUAGCAAACUAGCGAAAGUGAAAGCUCAGGUUUCUGAAGUCCAACAAGCUAUGCGAGCAAACAUUGAUCAGGUUCUUGAUCGUCAAGUGAAAAUUGAUGUUUUGGUGGACCAAACUGAGAAUCUUCGCGAUCAGGCUGAUACUUUCAGGGGAGUCGGAAACCAGUUAAGGAGAAAAAUGUGGUAUCAGAACAUGAAGAUAAAGCUUAUAGUACUCGCCAUCAUUAUUGCCAUCAUUCUCAUAAUUAUUCUUUCGGUGUGUAAUGGGUUCAAUUGUGGUGGAUGAUACUUACCACUCACCUACAAUUCUUAUAACUCUGCCACUUUUUGUAAUUUAAUAACUUGCAUCAUAUUAUAUCAACAUUAUAUAAAAUUUGUUUAUUUGAUUUGA